ACCAAACACAACACGAAUACGUUGUUCUUCUCUCUUUCUCUUUCAGCCGUCGUACGUUGUAUCUCAGAAUCUUCCACAACAGCUGUUUCUGCUUCGAAGUUUUCAGCUUUCUGGGUUCAAACUCCAGCUUUCUGGGUGAAAAGUUUGAGUCUUUUUCACUUUGGAUUGCAGAAGAGCCCUGACUGCCCUGUGAGUGGUUGUUAUGUGAAUUGUAGCCAGAACGGGGUUAAAAUUCUCGUAUUGUGAUUCUCCUAUGUUAGCAAUGAAGAAUAAGUAUGUGCGAGGUGGUUGAGUAGAAACUAGUUUGCGCAUUUGAUAUAUAGACGCUAUUGACAUUAUUAUCUGAUCAGAACCAGAUAGAUGUGGAACUUGGGGGAUUCCAAAGCUAUGUCGUCAGCAUUUCCGAAUCUCCCUACCCCCCUUGAUGUCAGUUACUCCAGAUUGCCAGAUUCUUUUCAUCGUUCCGCACAAAGAGAAAACCCUAUGCAUUCAUUGUUACCGCAGCCUUCUUCCCUUGGGAACUCAUAUUCAUCAUCGUCCAGUCUCCCCUUUGACAGUCAGUUUUCUUCAGUUUACCCUCAUGAAAGAUAUCCCCAAAAUUCUCCAAUCAGUAUGUCACCAAGUGGUGGAAAAUCAUUGUCACAUACCCAUUCAGAGUUACAAUCUACGCCAGUGGCUAGUUACCCUGAAGAAAAUAAAGAUAUGUCCUGGUGCCCAGAUUCAAUUGAAGAGUUUCUGCAUUUUCCUGAAAAUGUCCCUGAUCAGAAUGGCCUGGUAGAUACUAGUACUGGUGCAAUAAUAUCCGACGAUCACGCUGAAAGGACUGAUUGGUCUGACUUGUAUCCAUUAAUUUCUUUUGAUGGUGCUCUGGAUUCAAAUUGGGAGCUUUCAGUUGAUAAUGUGGUGGAUCCUAAACCGGAGGUGUUGAAUCAUUCUUCUGAUAUCCUGGUGCAGCAGCCAAAUAUCCAACAACAUCAGCCAGCACAAUCUGGAGAGAUUUUCACUAGCCCUGACCCAGAGUCCACUGCACCUUCAACCAAAGCUAGAAUGCGUUGGACACAAGAACUUCAUGAGGCUUUUGUUGAAGCUGUCAACCAGCUUGGUGGUAGUGAUAGAGCCACUCCUAAGGGUAUCUUAAAUGUCAUGAAGGUUGAAGGCUUGACAAUUUAUCAUGUAAAAAGUCAUUUACAGAAAUAUAGAACAGCCAAAUACAAACCGGAGUCAUCAGAAGGUGCUUGUGAGAAGAAUCUGACUCCUGUUGAAGAAAUGAAUUCUAAAGACUUGAAAACGAGCAGUAUGGGGAUGACUGAAGCAUUGAGAUUGCAGGUAGAACUCCAGAAGCAGCUUCAUGAGCAACUUGAGACUCAAAGAAAGUUGCAGUUGCAAAUUGAGGAACAAGCAAAGUACCUUGAAAAGAUGUUUGAGCAACAAAGGAAGAUGGAAGACAACAAGGUCAAGCCGACAUCGUCUACCUCAGAUGAGCGUAACAAAAUAGGAACCAGCACUCCUAUGGAUGAAGGUUCACAAGAUGCAAGUUUGAAACAGAAUGCUCAAGAACCUGCAACUCAUGAGAAUCAUGAUCCCCCAGGUGAUGCUGAUUCUGGUGCUCUACCCACAAAACGAGCAAGGACAGGAUAAAAAGGAAUAUUUCUGCUCCAGGAAUUGUCUCGCCUUCCAAGCAUUGAUAGACAACAUGUAUUUAUAGUAGGAUGAACCGAGCAGACUCGAAUCAGGAAAAUCUUAAGAGUUCUAGUUUCAUUGUUAUAUUAUCUAAACUUGACAUGCCUGCUUUUAUUCAAAAGCGAAGACUUGGUGGCUUAAACUUUACCAAGUUUCCUGAUUGUAUUCUCGGACUAGGUAAGGACUUAAUUAAUAAUAGAUGGAAUACUGUUCCAAUCAAUGUAUUGAUGUUUUUCCUCUACUU